UCAACAGCGACAAAAGGCUUCUGAUUCACCAACCGCGGUGGUUUGCUAGCGAACAUAAAACCGAAACAUUUAAGAUCUUUAGACCAAUCUUGUGUAUAUUAAUCUUAGUGUUUUAGAACAUCAUUCUGUUUACGUAUCUACUUGUUCAUUUAAACUCAAUUUGCUUAUUACAUUAGCAAAUGUGUUACAUUGGUACUGCGCUAGGCUAAUCUCCCUGAGCAUUUUUAUUUUUUAUUUAUUUCACCUUUAUUUAACCAAGUAGAGUAGUUGAGAACAAGUUCUCAUUUACAACUGCGACCUGGCAUGAGCUUACUAAACUAGACGGAGAAAGAAGCUCUGAUGAAAGGAGAGGAAGAAGCUUUCAGGAUGAAAAAGGAGGAAGAGGAGGCGAUCACAUUGAAAGAAGAAGAGGAUGAUAUUACAGUGAAAGAGGAAGAUGGGAAAGAGGUUGUCAGAGUGGAAAAAGAGGUAGAAGCUUUCGGAAUCAAAAAGGAGGAAGAUGCCAUAACAUUGAAAGAAGAUAAUGUAGUGAAAGAAGAGGAAGAACCUUUUAGAGUAAAAGAGGAAGAGGAGGCUAUCUCAAUAAAAGAGGAGGAAGACGUUUUGGGAGUGAAAAAGGAGGCGACUGAAGAUCCGAUUACCACCAGAGAGAGACAUGACUAUUGUCAAUCCUCUGGGGAGCCUCAACAACAUCCUGAUGCUGAGGAGGCAGAGAAGAGUCUCUCCAGAUCAGAACACCAGAUGGACAACGCUAGCCCUUCCUCCCUCCCGGAGUCCCCGUGUCGUGCCUCUCCCGGUAGCGCAGUACUGCUGGGUAUGAAGAGGUUGUAUGUGCUGCUGGUGGACUGCAGGAAAACAACGGGGCUGAGUGGAACUGUGAGAGGAGGAGAAGAGAAGAAAGGAUCAGAUUUGACACAUCAAAGAGAAAGACCAGACUCAGAGGAACCAGAGCCAGGGACUUCCAAACCAGCAAGACGACACCAGUGCUCCCACUGUGGAAAGGCUUGUAACCACUUAUGGGAGCUGAAACAACAUGAGAGAAUACACACAGGGGAGAAGCCCUACCACUGUUCCGAGUGUGGAAAGAAUUUUAGCCAUAAAGGAAACCUGAACCAACAUGAGAGAAUACACACAGGGGAGAAGCCUUACCACUGCUUCCAGUGUGGAAAGAGUUUUAACCUGUUAGGGUCCCUGAAACGACAUGAGCGAUUACACACAGGGGAGAAGCCAUACCACUGUUCCCAGUGUGGAAAGGGUUGUAACCUCUUAUGGGAGCUUAAACAACAUGAGAGAAUACACACAGGGGAGAAGCCUUACCACUGCUCGCAUUGUGGAAAGAGUUUUAACCAGAAAGGACACAUGAAAGCUCAUGAGAGAAUACACACAGGGGAGAAGCCUUACCAGUGCUCCCAGUGUGGAAAGAGUUUUAACAAGUUAAGGAACCUGAAAGUUCAUGAGAUAAUACACACAGGGGAGAAGACUUACCAGUGCUCCCAUUGUGGCAAGUGUUUUAACCAGUUAGGGGCCGUGAAACAACAUGAGAGAAUACACACAGGGGAGAAGCCUUACCACUGCUCCCAGUGUGGAAAGUGUUUCAGCUGGUCAGGCGAUCUGAGAAAACAUGAGAGAUUACACACAGGGGAGAAGCUUUACCACUGUUACCAGUGUGGAAAGGGUUGUAACCUCUUAUGGGAGCUGAAACAACACGAGAGAAUACACACAGGGGAGAAGCCUUACCACUGCUUGCAGUGUGGAAAGAGUUUUAACCAGAAAGGACACCUGAAAGCCCAUGAGAAAAUUCACACAGGGGAGAAGCCUUACCACUGCUCCCAGUGUGGAAAGUGUUUCAACCGGUCAGGUGAUCUGAAGAAACAUGAGAGAAUACACACAGGGGAGAAGCCUAACACUGCUCCCAUUGUGGAAGGAGUUUUAACCAGAAAAGCACCCUGAACCAACAUGAGAUAAUACACAAAGGGGAGAAGCCUUACCAUUCCUCCCAGGGUGCAAAGCUUUUGCCCAUUUAGGAAGCCUGAAAGAACACAUGAGACUGCACACAGAGGAGAAGGCUUACAAAAGCUCAGACUGCGGGAAAACAUAUUACUCAUCAUAGUCACUAAAACGUCAUAAGAGAAUCCACACAGGAGAGAGAAAUUACUUCUCUUAGCGUGUAUAUUGAUAUUUCACAUCUCAUUGACUUAAAAUUCAUCAGAGAACAUACACAGUGCUCCCGUUAACUGAUAUUGUUGACUGAUAAUGUGUUUACCUGUUUUUACCAUAUGAAAUUGCUUCUUCCAAUUAUUGAUAAACAUGAACCUGUUAAGAAACUGACUGUUAGAACUGUUAAGGCUCCAUGGAUUGAUGAGGAGUUUAAUAACUGUAUGUUUGAAAGAGAUGGGGCAAAAGGAGUGGCUAAUAAGUCUGGAUGCACAUCUGUAAUGCAAAUUGAGAAAUUAUGUGACCAAACUCAACAAAAAGAAUAAACUUUAUUAUGAAGCCAAGAUAAAUGAUAUAAAGAAUGAUAGGAAAAAAACUUGGGGAAAAAAACAAAAUGAAAGAAAAGCACUGCAAGUAUUGAAUUUUGUCAAGUUAGUGUGGGAGAGGUGGAUAAAUUGUUAUCGAUCAAUAAUGACAAACCUGGCAUUGACAACAGAUGGAAAUCUACUGAGGACAGUAGCUGACUCUAUAGCCUCUCCUAUCUGUCAUAUUUUUAAUCUGAGCCUGAAGGAAAGUCUUUGUCCUCAGGCCUGGAGGGAAGCCAAAGUAAUUCCACUACCCAGGAGUGGUAAAGCGGCCUUUACUGGUUCUAACAGCAGACCUAUAAGCUUGCUGCCAGCUCUAAGCAAACUGUUGGAAAAAAAUGUGUUUCACCAAAUAAAAUGCUAUUUCUCUGUAAACAAAUUAACAACAAACUUUCAGCAUGCUUAUAGAGAAGGACACUCAACAUGUACUGACUGACACAAAUGACUGAUGAUUGGUUGAGAGAAAUUGAUAACAAGAAGAUUGUGGGAGCUGUACUGUUAGAUUUCAGUGCAGCCUUUGAUAUUAUUGACCAAAACCUGUUGUUGAAAAAACGUAUAUGCUAUGGCUUUUCAACCUAUCUAACAUAACUCAAAGGGUUUUUAAUGGAAGCUUCUUUAAUGUCAAACAUGUAAAGUACCGCAGGGCAGCUCUCUAGGCCCUCUACUCUUUUCUAUUUUUACCAAUGGCCUGCCACUGGCAUUAAACAAAGCAUGUGUGUCCAUGUAUGCUGAUGAUUCAACCAUAUACACAUCAGCAACCACAGCUAAUGAAGUCACUGAAACCCUUAACAAAGAGUUGCAGUCUGUUUUGGAAUGGGUAGCCAGUAAUAAACUGGUCCUGAACAUCUCUAAAACUAAGAGCAUUGUAUUUGGUACAAAUCAUUCCUUAAGUUAUAGACCUCCGCUGAAUCUGGUAAUGAAUUGUGUGGCUGUUGAACAAGUUGAGGAGACUAAAUUACUUGGCAUUACCUUAGAUUGUAAACUGUCAUGGUCAAAACAUAUAGAUUCAGUGGUUGUAAAGAUGGGGAGAGGUCUAGCCUCAAAGAGAUGGUCUGCUUUUUUGACACCACACUCCAAAAAGCAAGUUCUGCAGGCUCUAGUUUUGUCUAAUCUUGAUUAUUGUCCAGUCGUGUGGUCCAGCGCUGCAAGGAAAGACCUAGUAAAGCUGCAACUGGCCCAGAACAGAGCGGCACGUUUUGCUCUUAAUUGUAAUCAGAAGACUGAUAUAAAUACUAUGAAUGCCAGUCUCUCUUGGCUAAGAGUUGAGGAGAGACAGACUUGAAUUGAAACAGACUUGAAAAUUACAUUACAUUAAUUAAUAACAUUCAUUACAGACUUGAAAGACAGACUUGAAACCAUGAAUUGAAUAUGGAGUUUGAAUAUAGAGUAGGUCAGAUUCCUUCUGUUUUAAAUGGUCCUUUUUUAAACUCUGACACUGUGUGUUUAUCUGUGUGUCAUUCCUCCAGCACUACAGAUAAUCAAGUGUUAUUUGGAUGUGAUGCAUUUGUUCCGUUGUUUACAUUUGCAAUGUUGGCCCACUGAUGAUUUAAUGAAAUGAAAAUGUUCACAGACUCUGUAAUGCAAAAUGUUAAUUGUAUGUGUCCACAUAUCUGAGUAUGUGACUUGUGGUGGAUGAAUCAGAAUUAGUUGGGUAACAUAGAUAAUUAAGAUGUCUUAUCUGCAUAAUAUGCUGAUGUGAUAUACUUGUUAUUAGAAUGUAUCCCUUCGGACUCUGGUGUUGGCAGUUGCACUUCUUCCCUCAGCUGGGGCUCAGUCACCUGGGGCCCAGAGAGGGGAGAGGUCAGGCUUGUCUUUCACAUGUCCCUGGUGCUAUGCAGAAUAUCAGGAAGGGAAGAGGACAGGAGGGAACAUUGUCUUCAUAUGUGAAUGUAUCUGUUAAACUAUGUGAUGGGAUGGUGUGUUUAAUGGGGAACCAAUUACUGGUUUCCACAAUGUCUGUGCGCAAGUCACUCCCUCCUUUGGCAUUGGGGGGAGGUGUAUGGCAGUGUCUGGAACCAUUGUAUGUCCUCUCUGAUGUUGCACUUAUCCUGGGAUAGUGUAUGACCUAGAGGCUCACUCCCCUCUGUGAGCUUGUCCAGGAGUGGGGUCAAGAAGGGGUUUUACUUGAGAUGGGGGUAUCUAGAGUUGACAAUUGAGUUAUGCCAUUGGAUGAGUUGGUGUUUUUGUGCAAUGAAGUACCAGGAACGAGAUUAGAACCUCGUUUUAGGGACCAAACUGAAUGAUGAAUUAUAGCGAAUGCUAUCUGGCUACGGGAUACUCCUUUCUCAUUAUAAAGUCUCACUUUGUGAACUGUUCCUAAUAUCUGUGAUUUGUUAUGUCGAAUAGGGGGUGGAUCUUUGCUAUAAAAGAUCUCAGUAGCCAUUGUGUUGCCACUCUCAACGGUUCAUUAGAAAUAGUGAGUUGUUGAAAGUCAUUGCAAAGAUCUUAUUAUUAAAGAUGUAGUUUAAGUAUAACUCUGAUUGGUGUGUGAAGUUUUUAAGUAUAACUCUGAUUGGUGUGUGAACUUUGCCUCUCCUCAUUUGGUAAUACAGAAAUUAACCACCACAGACUAACCUUGUGAAACUGUCCUAUUAUAAUCUCCUGUUCCUGGGAGUAUCAUCCUGUGUUGCAAACCAGCUGCACCUGUGUCCUUGUAUGAAUAAAGUCCCGCCCAGGAACAGGAAACUAUAAAGAUAUGUGCUCAUCACCCAAUGCUUCAGGAAUUCAGACUGUCUACACUGUGCUGUGUAACUGUUAUUCUCUCUGAGCUCAGAAAUAAAGAAUCUUGGUUUGA